UGUCCACUCUCCCAAUGUGUUGUGAUGCUCUCUGUAUUUUAUAUUGCAGCUGUCAAGUCUACUUGUGGAAGCUACAGUAUGCGCCUUGAACCCCUCCCCAUGCUCACCUGGCUGCUGGUCUACACUGCGAGUGUCGUAGUAACCCCGAUGGCUGCUAGCCAGAUCCUCAUGGCCCGCCUAGGCCGACAUGCUUCUGCUCACUCCUACCGCGUGUUGGUUUUCGGGAUAUCAGUGACCACCCUAAGGAUCCAUCUGAUUCCUCGAUGCCCGCACCCAUCCAGCUGGCCGCCCAGAUGUGCGUUGGGCCAGCAAACACACGCAAACCUCCAUACUCAAUGGGAAGCUAUCAUUACUUUGUACAUUAAGAUAUUCAGAGAAUUCUGCUUCUGGGUUACCAGGGUCGUAUUCCUCACUCACUGCUUCAAGCAAACUGUCGCUUGAGGUCUGUCCACUUGCGGUUGAGUGUCUCGUGCUGAGAAUUGAUCUGUCAUAGAGUCAGUCAGACGACACUUGGCGAAUGGGGACGGCGCAUCCUCUUACCUCAGCAUACUGCAUCUUCGUCU